AGAACUUUUCGUAUCUGUGAUGACGAUGGCUCAAAGAACAUGAACUUUGAAGAGUUUAAAGGGGGUCUUAAGGAUUAUGAACUUGAUCUGUCAGAUGAGGUAUGGACUGCAAUUUCAUAUUACACUUUUAUUGCCUUUUGAUGCAAAAAUAAUUCAGCAGAUACAGUCAAAAAAAUUCGAGUAAAAAAUGUUCUUUCGCAAAUGAUUAAGACGGAAUGCAUUAGGAAAUUGAAUAAUUUUAACUUUCAGUGGACAAAAACCUUUCAUCAGAAUAUUUUAAGCCAUAUCGCAUUCCUUUUUACACUUUUCAAGGGCUAUAGAUGUAAUUAGUUAUCUGUUAGUAAUAACACAAAAGAAGAUUUCUUACUUAAGCCCGAGAAAGUAAAUCUCAAAUUUCACAGGAAUUGAGAGAACGGAGGUAAAAUUGAUAGCUAUAAGAUUUCAUUUUGUGGAAUUUGAAUACUGAGAAGGAGAUGUUGGUAAAAAGCAUAAGACAAAGAAGUUAAUGUAAAACAAUGCUAACCGAGCGCUGGUCAGUUUGUUUGUGUUGUUUAUUUAAGCUUGAAUUCUAAGCUAAAAAUUAUCACUCUGAUUGACAACAUUUUUUUUGAAAGUAGAAAUUACUAGCAAAUAAAAUAACAAUACAAUCUAUUUUUUAAUGCAGGAGGUUACAGAGCUGUUUUCUUAUUUUGACAAGGAUGGAUCUGGUCAAAUCAGCUUUGAUGAGUUUAUUGUUGCUUUACCAGUAUGUAACAUGUUUUAGAUUUGUAUUCAUCACCAUUACUUCUUGUCUUUAUAAUAAUAAUAAUAAUAACAAUAAUAAUAAUAACAAUUUUUAUAUUAUUAUUGCCAAAGAGCAGGGCGGCAGCCUAUUAGAGCAGUGGGCAGAAAAAAUCUCGAAUCGAUGUAACCGCCUGGGGUGUAGUAAUGUAAGGUACUUUUCGUGACAUAAGGCGGAACCAAGAAUGCAUUGUUUUCAAUUUUCAUUUCAACCUGUUAAUCUGCUCCUUUCUUUGAAGGUCUUGUUGGCCAUUGCUCUUAUAAGGAUGCCACGUGUUUUAAUAGAGGCUGCCAGAUUCUGUUAAGGGAGGCCUCAAUAGAGUGUUUUCAUAUGACGUCACGGCGGCCAUAUUGGUGUCCCAAAACAAUGAAACGGCAGCCAUGUUGGUGUCCCAAACCAUUCCUUUGGAAGUUGAACUCUUUUCUUAUGCACACGCCUCCUUUUGUUCCAAUAAAAUUGCAUAAAUGCUGGCCACUUGAGUGAAAAACACUCUAUACAUACAUAGUCCUAGUUUAUUUUUUUCCUCCCCAAAGGGGCUUUUCAGGAACAAUCAUUAUUUAAACGUAUUACAUUUAACUAAUUACAACACUCAACUUAGUUCUAAUAACAAUGCUUUAAAUUAGCUACCAACUACAAUACUUUUCAAACUUAACUAAGAUUACAAAAAAAAAUUGUAAAAGUUAUCUAAAAGCUGGUUCCUUAAGAGGCGUUUAAAAAAUCUGAACAGAUUGGCUUAAUUUAAGAGAAGGUUCCAAAUUGUUCCAAAGCUUAAUAGUCUGUAAUAAAAACGUUCACUGUUCGGAGGCUGUUCUGUUUAGCGUUCGGCUACUCUGAGUUGUUCGUUUACUUAAAAAAAAUGACUUGCUCACGGGUAAUAAAUUGGGAUGUAAGAUAUUCAGGGGCUUGAUCUGUCAUGCAUUUGCAACUCAAAGAGGCCCAUGUGUCAUGGCUUACCAGUUCAUUUUGCUCAUAAUGCCAAUUAUGUGUCCUUAUUCACUAUCGGACUUACGAAAUUACCUGUAAAUAACAAAAUCACAGCGUUUUGUCAAACAAAUACAUUUUAGUAUGUCUUCUACGCAUUACAUAGAAUGUUACAAAGAACAAAAUUAAGGUUAAGGUAACAAGCUUUCAAAAACCACAGGGCUUUCAGGUGUUGGCCUGAUAUCAUAAGCUUUGAAUGCGUUAUUUUAUUCCAGGGAAACUUAGAAGGUCCUAGGUUGGCAGUAGUGAAAGAGGCAUUUAAAAGAGCUGACAAGACAGGAGAUGGUGAGGUAACCUUUGAAGAUUUAAAAGGGUGAGUUGGUUUCAGAGUAUCAUAAAUAAGCCUGUUGAUUCAAUAUUUGCUUUUGACGCCCCAAAUUCUUCUCAUUUCUCCAAAUCCUGAUAUUUUUUACAACUUUUUCCUAUUUCUUGUUGUGUAUCCCUUAUUACAUAUAAAGCAAGGAAAACGUUUUAUACGGAAUUCGUAGAUGACAAUAGCUGUGAUCUUGGGAAGCUGUUUAGAGGAAUGAAAGCACCGAAGGAUAGUCUUUAGGGAGCUUACGCAAAGACGACGCUGACGUCAAAGAGGAAGUCAAAAAAUCAAAAGGUUUAGAUUGACAAAACAACAACUUUGCACGUGAAUCAUGCUUUUUUGUACAUUUCUUUGCCGUCGCUGCACGACUACGACGUGAAAACGCUUAAUUUAACGUUUUGUGGGGGACGUGAACGCAAGACAACGACUUUGUACUUCGUUUCCUACACUUCGAUACAGUCUUUUAGAAUUCAACUCCAGAAAAAAUUGCAACGUUUGACGAACUGAAAGAGAUGGAAUAAGCGCGAUAAAGACUGAGCAGCGCGUAUUCACUUUUUAAGUCACGUUUUCGUUGCCGUCGCCGUCGUUGUUGAUUAAGCUCUCCCUUUUGUUUCCCUGACUACCGUGAUAAUCGCGCUCUGGCUGAUGACUGGUGGAUUCUUUCGUCGCAAGAUCAAUAAUAUCCGGAAUGAACUUGGAAUCGUCAGAGCCGCUAUGAAAGAAGAGGACAAAGUUGAAGACGAUCCUGUAGUAAUGGAGAAUCAGGGCAUAUAAGAGUUUUGUCAGUUCUCUUGUGAAGAUGUCCGCAGCCUCGUCCAGAAGUCAGCUAAAAGACCUGCACCCUCGCCCCAAUGCCGACAUCUAUGGUCAUAGCCUGCCUAGAGGAGCUUCUUCCAGUAAUAACGUGUAUACUAAAUUCUUCUUUGGGAUCAGGUCAUUUUUCCUCUCUGAAAGAAGCUCUUGUUCAUCCACGCCUUAAAAUAUCUGGGAAAGACCGUUUUUAAACCUACGACCUGUAAGUAACCUCCAGUUUAUAUCAAAACUUGCUGAGCGCACGGUAUUUAAUCAGGUUCACGAGCAUAUGAUGAAGUUCCAGCUUUAUCCAUUAUUACAAUCUGCCUGCCGCACUGGUUACAGCACAUAGACCGCGCUGAUUAAGGUGCACAAUGACAUUCUGUUAAGCAUAGAUAAACAGAGGGUCACACUGCUGGUACUUCUCGAACUAAGUGCGUCCUUUGACUCUGUCAACCACCAGGUGUUGCUCAAGCGAUGAGAAUCUUGCUUUGGAAUAUCUGGGACUGCACUUCACUGGUUUAAUGUGGGCGGUAUUUUGCAUGACCCAACCGUUAAGUUCAAAUGCACUCUUGGGGACAGAUCUUUUGCUGCAGCUGCUCCAAAGGUAUGGAAUGGUUUAUCAGACUAUAUUAAGGAAGAGAAUGAUUUUGAUCAGUUUAAGAGACUCAUUAAGACAUGCUAUUUUAAAGAUGCCUAUAGCGACCUGUCUUGAGUUAUCGUAGGUUGUUAUUUUCAACUUUUAUCUUCUAUUUUUACUUCUUACUUGUUAUUAGUUAUACUAAAUUACCUAUUAGGAAGGAAAUGUUUCAUUUUCGUAACGCGCUAAAUUUCAUCUAAAAUUUUCGCGAAAACGAUACUGAAAUCCUUGCAAUUUUGAAAAAACGUAUUAAGUUUUCCUACGAUGAGCGAACAGAUGAAGAUUUUAUAGCGCCGCUUAGAGUGCAUUUGUAAAGGUCUUUUAAGACCUUUAUCCAGAGUACUUUAAAAAGUACUCUGGAUAGUCUUAAAAAAAGUGUUGCCAACGUAUUUGGGAGGAAACCGUCGUUGGCUGCCCCUGAGUUUAGCCUGGGACCAAGCUGCGCAGAGGGGGAAAAAGGCAAAAAACGGGGUCAAAUACGAAAAAUAUGGGAGAGCGAAGCGAGCCCAGCGGUGGCCACCCUUUCUCCUACCCAGAUCACCUCUCGGUUCGCUUCUCUCGCCUCUUUUCCCCCCGAUGGGGAGUCUGGUCCCGGGUUUAAAUAUGACUUUAUAAAUAGCCUCCCCCUUCCACGGUUUUUUUCAAGUUUUUGUUAAAGAGCAGGCAGAGAAUAUCCAUUGACACUAGUAAAAAAAGUGCCUUAAAAUUGGAGACUUACCAAGAUUAAAAGUCAAGCAAGUUAAGAUAUCAGCCCCACAAAAGUAGCAGAAUUUUACAGUGUUUUACAGACGAUUUUAUCGUGGUGGUCUUUGCUGCGCUAUAUCUUUGUUAGUUGUCAACUAAUCAACUGAAGUUCAAGCUUGGAAUCUUUGCUAAUUUGAAGGAGUUCGUUCUGACUGUGGUUUGUUUUGACGGAUAUGAAGUGGACCAAGUCGAAAGUUGAAAUAAAAAACGAGGAAGGAUCUCUUUCACCAUUUCUUGCAGAGUCUACAAGGUCACAGAGCACCCAAAGUACAAAAAUGGGGAAUGGUCGGAAGAUCAGGUGUUUAAAGAAUUUUUAAACAGCUUUGAGCCAGACCCGUCAAGCCGAGACGGAAAGGUUAGUUGUGUUUAUUGAUAGUCAUAAAAAUGAAUAGGAAAGGUGACAUUUCCUGACAGGAUUUUAACUCUACUGACUUUCUUGACGCUGAGCUUGAGCCUCGAAACUAAACUUAUUAUCCAAAUUAAGCAAUCUACGAUUUAAAUUAGGAUGAUUUUUGGCAAGUUUACUGAUUUGUCCAGCGGUUUAAUAAUAACUGUCGAACUGAAUUUCAACUGGUUAGCUCAGUCUACUGAACAGGAGGUCGCGGAUUCAAACCCUGGCCGGACCAACACUCAGGGUCUUAAAAUAACUCAGGAGAAAGUGCUGCUUUUGCAAUAAUAACAUCAGCAAACCAUUAGACUUUCUAGUCUUCUCGGAUAAGGAUGAAAAACCGUUGUUCCCGUCUGGCAGCACCUUUACUUAUUUGGUUCUUGCGGGACGUAAAGAACCUCAACCACUUUUCGAAAAGAUUAUAGGGGACGUAUACCCCGUUGGUGUGGUAUCCUGGGCUGGGCGGGAUAUCUAUAAGGACACACCUAAUUAAAAUAAUUGGAGCCCUGCUAUCUGUUGUGUGUUCCACACCAUGUGGUGGAAGUAAUUAGAUAAUAAAUGAAAAAACUAUUAAUAACCAAAGGUUACAAAAAAUGCGGCCGACAACGAUCGGCGCUCCAAACGCUUUUGCUCCAACACUGCGCUUUGCGUAAGUUUCACGUGUCCGAUGGUCAAAAUAAAACACGUGUGAUCAGAUUACGAGGGGUAGAAGGUCAAAAUGCGCCGGAUCAAAUUGCGUUUUUUCCUAGUGUGAAGUCUAAAUGAAUACUGGUUACGUACAUGCGACGCAUCCGUAAUGACAACCUGGAGAUUAGGAUUGCGGGCGCCUCUUGUCGCCCGCACUAAGUCGUAACAAUCUCAUUGCAUCAUUCUAGUUGCCCUAAGUUUCGCACGAACAGUUUGCAGCUCGAACUGUGAGCCUGAGUGUUUAUUGUCGUCCGGAUAGCUUACAAAGAUAAACAUAGUAACUAAAGAAUGAUAUACAAACACUACUACAAAAAGGCACUCACGUUAAACUAGUCACAUGCGCAGCCAGAAACGAAAACGCAAUAAGAACCAAUGGAUAAAAUUGGGAACGUAUUUCCCACUGCAUGACCAAUGUAGUCGCACACCCUCUGGGAAUUAAAGAUAAAAAGGUCGAUAGAUAGAUAUGUAACUGAUACAAAAAUAAUAACAAAAGUCGAAAGUUUGAGAACUGAGAUGAAUAAGUUACACAUGACCGUCUACGGCUCACGUGCGUUCAUACCAACGGCAAAGUAUUUACAUUCCCUAUCACUGCCAUUAAGUUUAGCUCCGCCUAGUCUGCGAUCAAGCUCUCUGGAGCGCUCAAGCGGGGGACGGGAAAAACUCGGGGAUAAUUCUUUUCCCGCCCCGCCGCCAGAGAGCACCGUACAGCUUUCUCGCAGGCUAGCUCCGCCGAAUGUAAAUACAUUAUUUUUAACCUCUAGUUAUAUUGUUCUUCUGUACUAAUUUUUAGGUCACAGAGAGAGAAUUCUUGGAUUACUAUGCUGCGAUUGGGGCAAACAUUGAUAACGACGCUUACUUUGAACUUAUGAUGAGAAAUGCAUGGAAGAUAUAA